CAAGCGAUUAUCAAUCAACAAGAACAAGAUUUUUUCCGGCGCGCUAAAGAAUAAGUUUUCUUAGUUUAGUUAUCGUCUUAAGCUAAGCUUUAAAACUAUCUGCAGCUCGGCAAACCAAAUUUUGCAAGCUCUCCGCCCGUAGAAUUUUUUCCUCUCAUUGAUUUUCGUUCCAUCUUUAAACAGCGGUCUCUAUUUCGUCAACAUAUUGGUCAGGUCCUUCAAUUCAACGCAUAACAUCAUUCUACUCACAUCUUUGCAAUCACCUGUCGUCCUAAAAUUCCUAGGAGUCAGCGGGGGAGUGUAAUGUUAAUACCAGAGGGCAGAUGAUUCCAGUAGCAUCUAAAGCUGGUGGACCUGAAACAGAAGACCAAGCAAAACUUAGAUUUCAAGUGGAGCUUGAAUUUGUUCAGUGUCUUGGCAAUCCAAAUUACCUCAAUUUCCUUGCUCAGCGAGGCUACUUCAAGGAUCAACCUUUCAUCAACUACUUGAAAUAUUUGCUGUACUGGAAAGAGCCAGAGUAUGUCAAGUACCUGAAGUAUCCUAUGUGCUUGUACUUUUUGGACCUGCUUCAGUACGAACACUUCAGACGAGAAGUAGUGAAUGCUCAGUGUGCCAAGUUUAUCGAUGAUCAGCAAGUUCUACUUUGGCAGCAUUAUACGCGGAGACGCACUAGAAUGCUGACAGAACCCAUGCCAACCAGUUCUGUUACAUCUCAUGCCCUGAGUGCCACGACAACCACAAAUAGCUCAUCCACCAACGGACUUCCUCCAGUCACCAAAAACUCCUCCUAGGAACAUAUUCUUAAACAUUCCUAUUGAUAAAUUUUAAUUAUGAGCUUCAAACGAGGUGCUCUUAUCGUGCUUGAAGGCUGUGAUAGAAGUGGAAAAAGCACACAGUGCAAAAGGCUAGUUGAAGCUCUUAAUAACAAAGGCAUUCCUUCUCAGCUGAUGCGUUUUCCUGAUAGAUCAACUGCAAUAGGGAAAA